UUUCCUAUGCUGGCUGGGGAGAUUGAAAAAAGUCCCGAGACCGUCAUUUUCCGCCGCUUCGCCUCUUUGAAUGCACGCAACCUGCUGUACCUCCAGCAAGAAAUAAUCGCCAUGAAAGAUUGUCUGAAGCAGGUAGAAUACAGAGAUAGUGUGUCCGACAAAGGUUGGAGGAAGCAGUAUGCGCAGAGAUCAUCCGCAUUGCGGGGUUCGAUAGCUCUCGACGAACCAGCACAGUGGACUCUUAUAUUGCAGAUUCGCCAAAACCUCCGGGAAUACAACAAGACCUUGUUGUACCAGUCGCAUAUCCAUAAACUACCCCGACCUGAUGACCACGAUAUCACCGACGUUCGUGAAUUCAUUCACUCUUCCCAAGGCAUGGGCAAUCCUUUCAGCACACAGGAAGUGGGACCUUGGGGCACACCCAAGGCGCCGUGAUCAUGUUCCAGAUGUCGUCACUCCCCGGCCACGUACGAAGGAAGAUGGGUUCUCUAACUUCGUCACAGAAUAUGCCAUUCGUGAUCUGCGUUAGUCACUGGGAUCCUCGCGGGCCUGACCCCUGUUCUUAGUAUUAUCGAUCUGUCCAACCUACACAUGUUGAAGAGCAGAUUAUGGGCGAUUGCUGGGUUCAAUGUACGCAUCGCGCUCAGUUUGCAACUAUUCACUGAGGCGAAACGAACGGAGACAUUCGCAGUGACCGCAGCGUCAGGACACAGGCUAUUUGAUUCUACACUUGAGCCAAAUAUCCACAGGUUUGCUGCUGUGCAGGUGUUAUUCGUUGGUCAAACACUCGAUCAUGGCCCGAAAGAGAC